GGACAGCAUAACAAUUCAUUCAGGACAAUUAUGACGAAUUAUAAUAGAGAAUGUAGAGGUACUAAAAACACAGAACUUGAUAGAAUACUCUUCAUGGCUCCCAAAACCAAACUAGAAAACCCUGAUCAAAAAAUGUACAGGAUCAAUAGAGAAAAAACACCUUGGACGGUAAAAAACUUAAGUGGAGUAAAAUGUCCUUUAAUAAUGAAAGAAAUCGAACGGAAGAUACUAGAAAAAAGUAUUUCACAAGACACGUGUUUGAGUGUGGCCAACAAUGAUAUUGAUUUCUCUAUCUCUGAUAUUUUAACGUCGAACAAUCAAAUUAAUAUAAAUGACAAAAUUUCCAAAUUCCUAAAAUGGGAUAAUUCAAUUUCAAAACAAAGAAAUGAAUACUACGAUAAUUUACCAAAUGGAUAUCAGUUGAAAUCUGGUUUUACCAGUGGUUUAGACGUAUAUAAUUAUGACUCAAGAGACAUAAAUGAUAAAAUGUGGUCAAACUCAAACCAUGUCUAUUGGGACGAAGACGUGAAAUAUUACAGAUACCCAUUGGAAUCAUCCUUAAGUUCAAUUGACGCACGCUCUAAUCAGUCUAAAAUCAAUGAAAUUCCUAGAAUAAAGAGUCAGCUCUGUUUACUAGAUAAUUACUUUACAGAUACCAAUGCCAUAUCAAAUAAACAGAAAAAAAUAUUAGAUACAUUUUGGAAAGAAAAUGGUGAAUUCGAAAAUUCUAUUAAUUAUUCAAGUGAUUGGUAUACCAAAAGAAAAGCCAACAACUACUCUGACUAUAUAACAUAUAAUUUAAAUAAAUUUACCAAUAAUAUUAUAAAACAAUCAAACAUCAAUCAACAACCGAAAAAUUUCAAAAGCAAUCAAGAAGAUUUAAGUCAAAAUCAAUUUCAAAAUAAUCAUUAUUUAAAAAACUUAAAUGUAGAGCCUAAUCUUAAUACCAAUAACUUUAUGACUUUGGAAAGUCAUAUAUUUAGUGAUAGUGAAGAUUCCAAUUCAGACAAUUUGAAAUCAUUAAUUGAAAAUGGAACUUUGAAACUUUUCAAUAAUAAAAUUACAUAUCAAAGGAAUAAAAACACACAGACUCAGGAAAUGCACAAUGGUUUCGAAACAUCCAAAAAUGUGUUAGUAAAACAUUGA